UUAUCUCACCGCAUAUACAACAUUUCGUAUUCCUAUUUUAUCCUUCUCUCCAAAAACAACACAUCAAAUUCUCCGUUUAGUUUUCCGAUGACGGCAACACUCAGCCUCACCGUUCUUCCCUCCGUCAGGCCAUUUCGCUUCGCCGACGACUGCUCCACUUCCGUCAGGUUUCACCGUAAGCUGAGUUCUGUUUGCGCAAAUCGGCGCCGUGUUUCAAUCAGAGCCGUUGCGGCGGUAGUCGAUACGCGGCGGCCGGCGACGAGUCUCUACGAGGUACUACGACUGAAACCAGGCGCAUCUAUGACGGAAAUUAAAUCAGCGUACCGGAGUCUAGCGAAGGUUUACCAUCCCGAUACGGCGGCGCGGCGGUUGCCGGAGUGUGACGACGGAGACUUCAUUGAGAUACGCAACGCUUACGAGACUUUGUCUGAUCCAUCGGCGAGAGCGAUUUACGAUAUGUCACUGAUGGCGGCGCACGGCGGAAGGAACCGUCGGUUUACAGCGCCGGCGACGCAGAAACGGUAUUCGGGAUAUUAUACGAGCAGGAGAUGGGAAACGGACCAAUGCUGGUAGAAAGCGUUUAAUUUGCUUUGAUUAUUAACAAAAAAUUUAAACAAGAAAUGAAAACCGUUUGAAAGAAAAAAAAUUAGGAUAUUAGAAAGAGAGAGUAACGAUGUUUUAAAUUAGUAACAUUAGCUGUAGCAAAGUGAAAAACUAAACGAAAAUUAUGAUCAGUUAGUUUUUAUUUUUUGUGAGAAUGUAAAUGACUUUUUUCCCUUUAAUCAACUUAUUUUUUAUAGUUAAAUGUUAGAAAAGGAAAUUAUAUUAUGUUAUAUAGUUACAUGUCGGAAAAGAAAAUUAUAUUGUGUUUCAUUAUAAUUGUAUAAUUGAGUCGGAGACGGUUCAGUUAUUCAGAUACAUUUAUUAGUUGUAGUUAACAUUGAAGUUUCAAGAAUUAAGCUACAAUAGAUAAUAUGUUUAAUUGCA